CACAGCUCGCCCUUUUCGCCCUGUUGGUGGCGUCCGCUAAAGCCAGCAGCGGCUAUUCGAGUUUCUCUUACGACGUUUCGGAUCCGAACACCGGUGACAUCAAGGAUCAGCAUGAAAAUCGCGUCGGCGGAAACGUGGUCGGCAAGUACUCACUCCUAGAAGCUGACGGCACCAAGCGCGUCGUCGAAUACUCCGCAAAUGACGCAACUGGAUUCAAGGCUGUAGUGCACAAGGAACCUGCUGGACCUUUGGGUGCAUUGGGCGGUGCUCUUAGCCACAGCGGGAUCGCUCCUGCUGGUAGUUUGGCUCAUGGCUCUCUUUUAGCAGGCGUCUCUCCUUUAGCUGGUGUCCCUUCUUAUGCUCAUGGCUCCCGUGCUAGUGCCACUUUAGGAUACAACGCUCUCGCCAAUGAUUUGGGUUAUGCUGGUUCUCCUAGCCACAUUGGUUCUUUGUAUGGCAGCUACGGUAACGGACUCGCAAAUCCUCUAGGCUACGGGGGUUUUGGUACACCCACUGUCUCUUCCUACUCUCACUCAAUCCUCCACAAUGGCCCUGAUUCGCGACCCUACGGCAAUGCUUAUGGCGGAUACGGUGCCCACGGUGGAUACAGGGGCUAUGGCAGUCCUCACGCCAACGCUGGGUUCGCUCACGGAGCUGGAUGGUCUGCCAAUGCUGGACUUACUCACGGAGCUAUCGGUAAUCCCCUCGCAACUGGUGUUUAUGCAGGAGGCGCGGGAUACGGCUCUAAACUCGGUUGGUAA